UAACAUGUGUGAAUGCAACAGUUUCCAAAACUGCUUUAGUGCAGUUUCAUAAAACGGGGUUGGAUUCUAAGGACAUAGCUGAAAACAGUGCUGUUGCGAUAUCUAAUCAAAAUGGAAGUCUAGUACUUGAAGGAACUUUACUGGAGAUGCAAGUUGCAAGAGAACUCAUUAGAAAUGCAUGUCAACAACAAAAAACGUAUAAAUCGGGAAAAGAAUUUGAAUGGAAUAAGGAAGGUUCAGGAGAAAUGAAGAAAGAUAUCCUGCAGAGAGAUGUCCAGGUACAGAAUGAUCUCUGUAGCAAGAAAAAAACAAACUCUGAAUUGGAACCACAAGAGAAAAAAUCAACUGAUCCCUUUUUAAGUUCAUUACAUAAGGAUAACACUCCAGGAAGCAUUAAAGUUGAUCCUAAAAUCCAAAAAGAAAAUACGUCAAACAAAGAGUGGGAAAUGAAACCCCAGAACGAAAAUAUAGGUGAUCAUGCUUCAAGUUUUUUAAAAAAGGGUGCUACUUUAAGCAUCCAAAAUGUUCCUCAAAUACCAUGUUCUGCAGGAAGCACACAACUAAGUGAGCGAAUGGAUCAAACAAUAAGACCAAAAUCAAGAGUUUUUAUGUUUGAAUUGGAAUAUAAGAUUUUGCAGAGGUCACAACUCAUUCCACAAGAUAUACGAAAAAUGGUCAAUGUUCCUUGAAAAAGAUAAUUACAGGGAAAUAGUGGGCAAUAUUGAUAAAGUAGAACAUUAUAAAAAAGCACUUAAAAAAAUAAGGAGUAUGAAUGAUGAGAAACUGAACAUCGAUCAAAAAAUGAUAAAUGUUUUCAAAUCUAAUGAGAAAAACAUAGAGACAAUGUUUCCAGGUGUUUUAUUUCUUUUGCAUGAGAAUAUGUUGCAUUUGAUAUCCUCAGAAGAUCUAACAGACUGCAAAUCAAAGGUAGAAAAAAUGCUUACAUCUCCCCAAGAGGGCACACAGGCUAGAAGACAUGGAAGGUCAUACAGAAAGGGGAAGGACAACAAUACCAGCCAUCAUUCUAAUUCCAAAGUAGAAACACAAAAUCCUGCACCUGCAGUGAACAUUUCAAUAGAUACACCAGUGUACAAAAAUAAAGACAUGUGUGUAUAUAUUGUAUACAGAGAUAUUUUAUCAGGGGGGAGAGCUGACUGCUUUGUAAAUCCAACAAAUGAAUAUCUUAAGUUGGAUUCCAAAGGGGGGGUCACUGCAGCUGUUCUGAAAAUGGCUGGAAAUGAUGUUCAAAAGGAAUGCAAUGAAUUGAUGAAAACCAAAAGCAAACUGCAGCCAGCUGAAUGUGCUCGAACUGGUGCAGGUCAUAUGAAUUACAAAUCCAUUAUUCAUACAAAUAUCAAACCAUGGAAAGAUUUUAUAAAUCGUGAAACUCAAGUUCAGGAAGCGUUGAAUCAUAUUCAGUAUGCGGUGAGAAAUAGUUUAAUUAUGGCCGAUGGACAGAAAAUGAAAUCCAUAGCGAUUCCAGCUAUUGGAUCAGGACAAUCAGGAAUACCACACAUAUUAUGUGCAACUGGCUAUAGAAUGGGAUGUGAAUUAUUCAUGAAGUCAGCAGCAAGCAAUUUGAAACACAUCUUCUUCAUUUCAAACAAUGAUGAGUUCAUGUCGCUGGUUGAGAUGACAUUCAAAACACCUCUACCUUGGUAUUCAUUUUGGCCUAAAUCAGAAGAGUACACAUUCCGUAUAUCAAAAGGGUGCAGUGUUAUUAUAGCUCAAAGAGAUGUCCUAAAAGAGAAGUCUGUAGAUGGUUUGGUUGUGUUGGAAGAUCCAUUCUUGUUGGGACAAGGAAAACUCGUCAAAGCAGUCAUUGAUUUAGGGGGAAAUGUUUUCUCUAAUAACAGGAAAAAACUUAUGUCUAAAAACAAACCACCUGGUUCAGCAGUUACAUGUAAAUGCCAAGCAGUUUGCGACUACAAAACUAUCUUUCAUAUUAUAAUGCCAGACUGCAAAAAGAAGCCCUGGACUCAAAACGAAGUUUCAGUGUAUAAAGACUGCAUUUCACAGGCAUUAUCUUCAUCAAAAGAAGAGAAAAGCAUUGCAAUGAAGCUAUUUUUAGGACGAGCUUCUAAUGAUGUUGCAAUGUACCUUGCCAAAGCAUUGGUGGAAACUGUAACUGAAUAUAUAAAGAGCAACAGAAGUUCAUCACUUCAGCAGAUUCGUAUUUUGAAUAUGGACCCUUUUCGACAUGGAUUGGUUAAAAGGGAACUUGUACGAUUUACAAAAGAAGCCUGUAAUUCCAAUUCCUAUUUAGAAAAAGCAAUUUUUGUGAAUGCUUAUCUUGAUCCCCAGACUGACCAAAAAUACGUACCAGGCACUCGGGUUUGAAACAUUUCAAGAAUAUAUUGAAAGCAAAAUAACUGAAUUUUUAAAAAAAGAAAUUUCAGUU